GUACCAGGCGAGGUAGGGGACGCUGACAGCUGGCGCCGCGCUGCUCCUGGUUCAAACACGUAAACAACAGCAACAAUAUAUCCUCAGUGGCAGAAAUACAGAUGGGGUCUUCUGGCGAUGACUCUGAUAUAGACACUGGAACAGAGGAUGGCGUGUCUGAGGAAAAUCACAAAAUAUCAAAGAGGACAAAUACUUUAGAUGAAAAUAAAGUACAUGAAGCGAAGGGCAAGAAUGGCAGCAAUGCUACGGUAAAUCCAGAGAGACAAGCCCAAACAAGGGUAUCAGAGAAGACUGUGAGAAUUACUGAGACACGAACUAAAAAUAUCCAGGGUUUAGAUGACCUAUCUUCAGCUGUUAACAGCUUAGAUGAUCAUGUACAGGCAGGUCUUCAGGAGAUACGAAAUUGUGUUGCCAGCUUACACCUAAAAGGAACAGAAGAACGUAAGCAUGUUCGGACUCUUUCUGAUGAAAUAAGUCGUCUCUCUGCAGACAAUGACAAAUACCAUCGGGCAGUGGCAGAUCUACAGCAGGAAAUUUCAACCUUAAGAAAUCAGCUCCAUAAUCAGCAGCAGGAAAAUGAGGAAUUGGGGAAGAAAAUGCAACUUAUGAAGGCAAGAGAGGAGGAAAUACCAGCCUUAAAAAAUCAGCUCUAUAAUCAGCAGCAGGAAAAUGAAGAGAUGGCGAGGAGAAUGCAUCAUAUACAGACGAGAGAGGAGGGACAUCUUCUGAGGAUUGCAGGAAGGACUCGUAGUAAACGUCUUGCAAAAAGUGCAUUUUCUACCUGGAGAAAGAAAGUUCUUCAAAAGAAUUAUGGCACCACAUUUCAGGUUCUCAAAGAGGAGAACAGUCAUCUACGUGCAGAACUGUUGCUUUGUCAAGAGGCAGCCAAACAGGCUUUUCUCCGUAGUGCCAAUGUCUUAAAUUCUGAAGCCAUUACAAUGUUUCAGGAUGCAGCUACCCGUCGUCUUGGGCUUGAAGAGAAUGAAGACCAAGGUAGCUUGUCUCCUGAGUCAUCUAGCGUCUCUUCGUCUCCAGUAAGUCAUCAGCUGGAGAAGAAUGACAGAGAGUCUAGCCCAGCAAAUAAAGAAAAUGCGGAAAGAUUCAGAGACGGAAAAAAGAACCGCAAUGGUGAAAAAAGAGCAAGAGGGGAAGAUAAAGGUUCACAUGGAGAUUUUGGGCAAGUACAUCAUUCUCGUGGAACACGUGAGCAAAAUGAGCAAAGUAAGUCGUAUUCAACAUUUGGCAGAGGUGUUGAUCGUGAGAACUCGGCAGCAACACAGUCCCAGAGUACUCAUCGUAGAAUGUAUGGAGGAAGUGAAGAUUUUGAAAAUUCUCCUCAAAGUUCUGAUGCUGAAAGUUUUAGUCAUUACUCUAAUAAACAAAAGGUAUUCACUGAUCAUCAAGGAUCCUCUCAUUACAGGUCAGCAGGUCUUUCAUCAGUUGGUCUUGGAAGGGGUCAUAGAUUUCAAAGGACAGAUCAUGGAGCAAUACCAAAAGGAAAACCAGUUAUCUCUGAUUUUGUCCCCGAUUCCCUUCGGCAAGAAACUCGAGCCUUUUUGCAACAGUUGCGUGAUGAAAGGAUGAACAGACCUGAGCCUACAAUUCCUUCAGGAUCCGAACCUCAGGCGACAAUGAAGCGAGGGCUCUCUUCCUCGCAAGAUUGUAUGUAUACAAGGUCAUGUCAUUGCAGAUCUGCAGGUGCUAAAUCAAAUCAUUCCUCUGCUCCUUAUAAAUGUCCUUAUUGUACACCCAUUAAUAAUUCUAGUUUUGGUCACGCUAAAGACCAAGCAAAAAAGAAACCCGAGAUUAAUGAAACUCGCAAGGUUAACCAAGCAUCAUCAAAUCUUACUCGUAAUGUUAUCCUCUCUGGAGUUACUGAAGAAAAGAAAAAGGUUGUGUACAAACCCAGUGCUUCUACUGUAAUAAUUGAGAAACAUAUUAAUAAGUGAUUAGGAUUUGUAACAUUAGUGUUCAUUGUAUUUUAUGAGUUUUUGUUAUAAAUGCAUGUUUAUGUUAUGAAUCUGAAAAUACUUUGUGUUGUAUUGCUAUUUUUGUAUUGUAUUUUGAAACAUUCUUAAGAAAAGGGCAUAAUAAAGAACAGUAAUAUAUUU